AUGCUGAAUAUGCUGUUGCUGAGUUGGGGGGUGCUGCAGGGAAUCCAGGCCAUCCUCACCUCUGACCUCAGCAGCAGUCACCUGUCAGAGAUGCACCCCAGUCUGGAUGGGGCAGACAGGUCCAGCUACCCCAGCCUUCUGCGGAAAGUCAAGGAGGCACCCGUGGGGCCCGCAGGGACUUUGCCAAGGCCUGGGUUUGACAGGAUGGCUAUGGAGCUCCGCGUAGCUGAUGAGGACCUCAUGCAGGAAGCCAGUGUACUGGAGCCAGAGGUGUUGUCUGCUGCACUGGAGGCUCAGGGCCGAGAGGAGCGCUCUCCACGCAGAUGCGUCCGCCUGCUGGAAUCCUGCCUUGGGCACCAGCUCCCCUGCUGUGAUCCUUGUGCCACCUGCUACUGCCGCUUCUUCAAUGCCUUUUGCUAUUGCAGGAAAAUCAAUGCCACAUUCCCAUGUGGCAAGAACUAGCUUUGGCUUGUUCCCCGCCACCCUCUUUUUUCGCUCCUUGGAUUAGUAACUGUUUUUCCU